AUGCUGCUGACCGUCCUCAAGCUCGUGGCCGGUGCCGGAGUCACCGUCGUGGUAGUCCCGGUUUUCUUCUGUCUUUCCUUCGGGUUCCAGUAUGCCAGGUCCGUGCUCCCUCCUGGGAUCGACCAGCCGUUUAAGCUCCGCUUUUUUCACUGCAUUUUCCUCACCGUCUUCCUCUGGGUCCCAAGUGGCGGUGACGAGGAAGAGGAAGGUAAAGAGGCCGAGGGGACGGGUCUUCUUCCCUCCCUGCUCUCUUUACCUUCCUCUUUCUCCUUCUCACCACCGCCAGGGCUUCUUGUUGCCGGUGGCGAGGAGGAGGAAGAGGAAGGCAAAGAGGGUGAGAGACUGAAACUGAUUAUUCUCAAUCAGUCAUUUGAUUUGGUUCUUUGCUUGAAGGACAGUAUCCUAACUUGCUUGGGUUCACUUUCAGACUCCUACGAAAGAAUAUUGCGGCAUAUUUCCAGAGAAGCGGACACGGUGGUCGUGGCGGUGGAGUACGGGUUAGGACCGGAACACGCCUACCCCAACCAGUACGUUGAGUGCGAGAAGGCCACCGUCCACUUCAUGAAGCACGUGGCUGACUACAAUGUCGACGCCUCCCGGAUCAUAGUCUCCGGGGACAGCUGCGGAGCCAAUUUCGCCACCCGGAUUUGCCAGCUGCUGGUUUCCCGGAACGACCUCCCCCGGAUCCAUUCCCAGGUCUUGAUCUACCCGGGUCUCCAAGGCAUGGACUUCUACUUGCCGUCCUACCAGCAGAACAGCAAAGUGCCCAUCCUGUGGAGGGAGACGGUCAUCUACUUCUGUUGCCUUUACCUCAACAAGUGCACCUCGUUCAUUGACGACGUCCUGGAGAGCCGCCACGUCCCGGAGAGCGUCCUGCGGAAAUACCGGAAGUGGGUCAGCGCGGACUUGAUCCCCGAGGAAUUCAAAGCGAGGGGCUACCGGCCCCAAGACACCGGCUUGUACGAGUUCAAGCCCAAGGUCUACGAGGAGAUGAAAGCCGUCUUGGAAGAGAACUUCUCUCCGCUUUUCGCCCCGGACGAGACGAUCGCGAAGCUCCCACAGACGUAUAUCUUGACCUGCGAGUUCGACGUCCUCCGGGACGAUGGGUUGUUGUACAAGAGGCGGCUGGAGGACAACGGGGUCCCGGUGAAGUGGGUCCACGUGGAGAACGGCUUCCACGGCGUCGCCAUCCUCUUCGGAUAUGGGUUGUUAUCCUUCCCGUCCGCGGAACGGAUUGUGCGCGAGACCACAGAUUACAUCAAAGGACUAUGAAGAGAGGAAACGGAGACAGAAAUGAAGCCAACGCAAGAGCUGAACUGAUUCUUCAUCCACCUCAUCUUCUACUACGCCUUUGGUACCACGUUCCCUUAAACUCUAUUUCUAAACUUUGGUGGAAAGCACGAAAUUCAGCAUCAAGUACAGACGUGAACCUGAUUUUGGGGACUGAAUCAUCUCACUGGAAACUGAGGAAAGAUAUGGACGUCCAACCAAGUGAAAUCAUCUCUCAAAAAUGACUUUAGUUCCUUGAAGAGAUCAAUUCACAAGUGUA